GACGUUGCGACGAAUUCGGCGCUCGUCAUUUCACUGGUAGUCGUCGAGAGAGAAAGUGUGUUGAUUAGGGGGACUUGAUCUCAUUACAAUUACAGGGCAAUAUUAUAUCAAUGAGGUUGUCACUUGUGUAAAUGAUUCACUGAUUUCAAUUUUUUAAUUGUUGAAAGACUGUGGGUACCUAUUUAGUUGCGAGCCGUGUCCAAGUCGGCUUUAUUUUCAUCUCGACCUUCAAGAUUCGACUAGCGUCUAGCACUUUGAAACAGGAGGCAGAAUGUGUGACACAAGUGAUCUGGACAGGCAGAUUGAACAGCUGCGCAGAUGUGAGAUUAUCAAAGAGUCAGAGGUCAAAGCACUAUGUGCCAAAGCCAGGGAAAUUCUAGUUGAAGAAAGCAAUGUCCAAAGAGUCGACUCCCCUGUUACUGUGUGUGGCGACAUUCACGGCCAGUUCUACGAUCUGAAGGAGCUCUUCAAGGUGGGAGGUGAUGUGCCCGACACCAACUAUCUGUUCAUGGGCGACUUUGUCGACCGGGGCUUCUACAGCGUCGAAACAUUCCUCCUUCUGCUGGCACUGAAGGUCCGUUAUCCGGACCGGAUCACGCUGAUCCGCGGAAACCACGAGUCGCGUCAGAUCACCCAGGUGUACGGCUUCUACGAGGAGUGUAUGCGCAAAUACGGCAGCGUCACCGUCUGGCGCUACUGCACAGAGAUCUUCGACUUCCUCAGCCUCUCGGCCAUCAUCGACGGAAAGAUUUUCUGCGUGCACGGCGGUCUGUCGCCCACGAUAAACACGCUGGACCAGAUCCGCACCAUCGACCGAAAACAGGAGGUGCCACACGACGGCCCCAUGUGUGACCUGCUCUGGUCCGAUCCGGACGAUAUGCAGGGCUGGGGGGUGAGUCCGCGCGGCGCCGGCUACCUGUUUGGGUCGGACGUUGUGCAGCAGUUCAACCGUAACAACAACGUGGACAUGAUAUGCCGGGCACAUCAGCUGGUUAUGGAGGGCUACAAGUGGCACUUUGACGACACUGUGCUCACUGUGUGGUCAGCUCCCAACUACUGCUAUCGGUGUGGAAACGUCGCCGCCAUUCUCGAGCUGGACGAGCAUCUGCGACGAAACUUCACAAUAUUCGAGGCAGCACCAAAGGAAAGCCGCGGCGUGCCGUCCAAGACGCCUCAGCCUGACUACUUCCUGUAGAUACAUGACGUUCCUUCUCCUCUCAUCGCACUCAUUUGUCGUCGGGACCGCGUUACACCGCCGUCCGCCGUCCGGCGCCGUCCUCUCUCCGGCACGCAGUGACCAGUGAUAGUCUGCAGUGACCUGCAGUGACUCGGUGACCGCAGUGACCAGUGAGGACCAGACACCCGCCGUCGGGUCGCUGUCUAGCCCAGGUGCGCGCACAGGGCGCAUGAGGCGGCGGCGGCCUCUCAACUGUGAGUAGUUUUACAUGGUACAAUAAACAGAUCAUCACCGACCGUC